GUUUUUGCGUGGAACAGCUAUAUGUACUACUCGUACCAUACGGUCAUUUCCUCGAUUUUUACGUUGGCGAAAUGUUGCAAUGCGUAAGGAUAAAAUAUUGAAAGCAUUUGAAGACAAUUGUAUACUCGAGAAGUUGGCUGCCACAAGUGAAGAGCUACAGAAUGAUGUUGUGAUGGAAGCCAUGCAAAAGGCACCAAGCGGGUUUCCCCAUUGGCACAAGCUGAAUUUGAUUGCCGAGAGAGAGACACGUAAACAUCAGGUCAUACUUGCACACAAGGAGAUUAAGGAAAUGAUAUAUUUUAUUCAAGAUGAUUUGAUGAUGAUUAAGCAAGUACUUCAACCAACUAUGCAGCCAAGCCCACAAACUAUUAAUUACACGUGUGAGGAUGAAGCAAACACAUGGUGUGAUGAUAAUCGUAGUUCUCCCAAAGAUCAUGAUGAAUGCCACAUUGAGGAACAAAAUCACCAAGUGAGAUCCAACAUAUACACGCGUCUUAAGGAUCAACCAAGAAAGCGCAUAGAAAGUGCAGUAACUAGAUCACCUUGGACUACAUAUCAGAGGAGACGCAACAAGGGAAAGGAGGUUAAAGUUGGAAAUUUGUGACAAUUUUUGUUAUGUUCUUUUAUGAAGAAAAUUGGCUUAAAUAGGAAAUUUUGUUAACUGGGUAGUUUUGAUGUACUAUGUAGAUGCACCAUUUAUGGUGGUUUUGU